AUGAUUGUUUUUCUUUCUCUAUAGUGUUUGUCAUCUGCCAGUACAGUGACAAUUUUACAUCUGGAUUGUAUGGCUUUUCUCUGAGAGAAGGACGUAUUUCGAUUGAAGGAAACAAGGAUAAUUAUUUGUUAAUGAACCACUAAUGAAGGAAACAUAAUGCAUAAAGCAUGAAAACUGUUAAUUAUCAACUAGAAAUCUGCAACUAAUGGAAAUAAACGGGACAGAAGUGUUAAAGAUUAAUUGAAACUAGAAUUCUGUGAAAUGCAUAUAUGUUUGUGACUUCAAAAUAUCAGAUAUUUAAUAUUUUUACCGAAAAUAGUAAACGGAAUACACAUGAAUCGUAUGUUAUAAGCUGAUUCGUAAUUUGAAAUGUUUAGCAGUGGCGUUAAUGAAUCUUUAUGUACAUUAACGAUGAGUUGCAAUUCAGAUGAACUCGCUCAUUACAUGCAAGCGAGCUACAGUCAUGCUUCCAUGCAUAUAUUUAUAACAAUAUCAGCAGUGGCUGUAUUCAUAGGGACUAGGCAUGUAUUCUGCAAAAUAAGAAAGGAAAUGGCCCAUCUGACUGUUAUCAUCAUUGGAGCUGGACCGAUCGGACUUACUGCAGCGCUUAUUGCAGUACAGUGUAAGCGGGUCUAUAGACUGGUCAUCUUUGAAGAAGAGACCCGUUCACGCGUAGAAAAUCGGUCAUAUCAAAUAACCAUACAGCCUUCUUUGGUGUCGUUUCUGAGAAGUUAUGGAGUUGACUUUGACAAUCUGGAAGGCAUGUGGCAAGAUGGCUGUUUCUUCACACGUGUUGGCAUCUACCUGGAAUACAUUAUACAUGUUCUACCACUGUACACCACUGAACCAGAUAUCAGAUUUGGAACAAAGUUUAGCCGUGACUGUAAUGACGCGGUCGAUACCAUACCAGGACGAAAAUUGGUGAUAUGCUGUGAUGGACGUACGGGCCUAGCGGGCCAGAUUCUAGGUCUGAGUGAUGAAUGUGUCUAUCAUUCGACCGGGGCUUUCGGAGCCCUGGCUGCUAUAGAAAGAAACAACCAAACUCUUGUGCCAAGACCUGACAUCCGGGUCCUCAACAUUGGAUUUGACCUUUCUGCCUAUAUGUCUUCUGAAUAUGAAGAAGAUACAAAGUCCAAGUUCACCUUGAAAAUAUUUGGAAACUCGAGAUGUAGAUUUCUUGCACUUGCUGUGAGAAAAUCCGAUUCUAAAGUUGUUAAAGCUUUGAAAACAGUGUUGGACAAGUCCAUGAUGCGCAAUAUAUUUCUCAAAUGUUUCAACACCUACAAACGGCCCGAGGAAUCCAGUAUCAGCGAUUCGUUCUGUCUUAACAACAUGAAGUUUAGUCCUCGUCUCUAUGAAAUACGGCUUUCUCAGAAGACAGAAAGCGCCGCCUACAUAUCCGAUUGUGACCUUUUUAUUAUCGCGGAAGGAGAGGCAUCGAGAUCUUUCAAUUUUAACACAGGAAUGGAUAUUCACCUAGGAAUGAAAGGUCUGUCAUCUCUAGAACCAUUUAUAGAAAGAAUAACAGUGGCAGAAACAGAGUACAACAUCAUGUCAUCCCUAAUAUACAAAAUGGAACAUUCCGAUAAAAUAUGCAGUGACUUUCUUAAACAUGGCUUAAAAGAAUAUUUGUUCUUAUGACAUGCACUUUUGUUAGAGUACAAACUUAUGUCUUUGAUUUUUUUCCUCCUGUGUGUAUCUUUUUUGCACAAACUGUUUUGUUAGAAAAUACCUACACAUCACAGACUUACAGUGGUAUAGAGAGGUUGAGUGUUUUCUAGUGGUAAAGGUGUCCGCGUCUUAUCCUAGGUGUUAAGUUAGGUUUGAUCUCAACCAGAUGUACCUCAUCAUUGUCUCUCAAAAAUGACACCAGAGAUGGUUUUUACCAAGGAGUCUGCUUUUCAUCCAAGAUGUUGGCGGUACCAGGGUUAGAACGUCUGCAUUUCACCAUAGAGGUUGGGGGUUUAAAGACAACCAGGUUUUAUUUCCCAGGGCCUCUCAAAAAGGACAAAAGAACUGCGUUCAACCCAGGAAUGGGUUCUAAGUUUAUUCGUAUCAAUUUUCACCUGUUUUCCCAACUGAGUUAAAAAUGAAUAAACUUAUUUUUUAUGCAAAAAGCUACAGAAACAAGCUCAGUAGCAAAAAUAUUAAACAAAAACCCGGUUAAAUAAGGAUACAUUAUAUGUUGACAAAGACCACUACAACAAUGAACUGUAGUAUAUAAGUGAUACAGUUUAUGAUUGAAUAAUAUGACACUAUAUCUUUCGAAACUUAAUGAACAGUUCGUCUGUUGCCCAUCAUUUAACAAUUAAACGAGGUCUUACAGUUCUAAAAAGGGAAACUACGAGUACAAGUCAGAAAGCAGUUGGGGGCGGAGGUCUAAUUGUGAAUAGUGUCGAAAAAGCCUUAUAUCGAAUGUGAACGUCUAUUUUGAAUAGGCAGCCCAAUGCAAAUCGUUCAAAAGGAGCACGAUGGGUCAGUGAAAUAGUGUUAAAGUAGGCGUGUUGCAUGUUGUCCUAGGCCAUGGUGUCAUUUUAAUGGUAAGACUAUUCCAUUAAAUAGAAAACUUUUACGCAAACUACCCUAACGAGGUAGUUGACUUAUCAUAAAGCUGUUCAAGUCUUACUAAAAGAAGUAAACUAUAACCAGAAACAAAUGCCGUUUUAUUGUAGCAAUAUGGGCAUAACAAACCGAGUACACAUUUUUCCAUAGGCAAUCGUAAUGUUUUGUAAGCAAACAUUCUUCAAAGAGGCAGAUUUUACAAAGGAAACUACAGACAACCACGUUUAGAGGCACAUAAUAAGACAUAAAGCGUGUACGUUCGGGUUGCUACCUUGGAAAAGGUCAGUAGCCGUCGAAUGUUUUUUUAAUAACCGCCAAAUUUUUUGAUUCAACCAAAAGAAGUAUGUUAUUAGACGUUGGACCAAUAAAUGUGAUCAUAAAUCUAACAUGCAAGUUGUUUAAAAGUAAAUAAAAAAGUACUUUUAUCUUACCGAUAUGAUACAAAUAUUCCUUACUCAUAUGUACAUUAGCAUGCAUAUACCAAGUUUGUUUUAAACAA